GACCUAAGUCCCAUCCCUUGACCCCACAUGGCAAAGGGUCAAGAACCGACCCUAUAUGUUGUCCUCUGAUGUCCACAUGAGCACUAUGGGGUGCACACAAAAAAUAAAUAAACUAGUUUUAAAACAAUUAAAAGGGAGUCGGUGGUGAGACAAUCAUUCACAUCUAGAUUGCUGAGUGUUUAAAGGGACAGCGGACUUAAGCAGGUCAUAGGUCAACCGUGUCCAAGAUAUAAAGAGAUUAACCAAACGUACCCACCUCUAACCUUGCAAGGAUUUCUGAAAAAAACUCAGGAUUCCUGAGUUGUUCUGGACUUUGAGACAAGGAAAUCAUCUUGAAGCUGGAUCCUGGUCAUCUACUUCUGAGGCUAGAAGCAGCCUAUGGUAUAUGAUCAGAUUCUAACAAGGAAUUGCCUUUGCCUAUAUUGACGUCAGUUAAUGACUGGACUUUGGACUUGAAAGACAGUUAAAACUCCAGGCAGCUGAGGAGAGGAUUCAUUUCCUCCUUGGAUUGUCAAGCAAGAACAGCUACCAUGAAAGGCUCCCUGUUUCUCUUUCUCAGUCUCCUUUUGGUCAACUUGGCAGUCUCUUCUUCGAGUACUGCCAGUGUGGACAACGAUAAGGAAACUGAGACUAGUACAACUAAGUUGACUGCGUCCUCUGGGUCUGCUGAUGCUACAGCUAAGACAACUGUGUCCUCUGGGUCUCCCGAUGCUACAGCUAAGACAACUGCGUCCUCUGGGUCUCCCGACGCUACAGAUAAGACAACUGCGUCCUCUGGGUCUCCCGACGCUACAGAUAAGACAACUGCAUCCUCUGGGUCUCCCGAUGCUACAGCUAAGACAACUGCGUCCUCUGGGUCUCCCGACGCUACAGAUAAGACAACUGCGUCCUCUGGGUCUCCCGAUGCUACAGAUAAGACAACUGCGUCCUCUGGGUCUCCCGAUGCUACAGAUAAGACAACUGCGUCCUCUGGGUCUCCCGAUGCUACAGCUAAGACAACUGCGUCCUCUGGGUCUCCCGAUGCUACAGCUAAGACAACUGCGUCCUCUGGGUCUCCCGAUGCUACAGCUAAGACAACUGCGUCCUCUGGGUCACCUGAUGCUACAGCUAAGACAACUGUGUCCUCUGAGUCACCUGAUGUGUCAACUCAGUCUCCACAGACUAACUCUCCAGUAACAAAGCCAAGUACCAGUGAUCCUUGCAAGUCUAACUCCUGUGGAAGAGAUGCUUCUUGUGUUAACCUGUUUUCUGAUCACUACUGCUUGUGUCCACAAGGUUAUUACUAUCGAAACUUGUCGUGUGUGAAAGGAAAGACAUUCCCUGGAGAGAUCAGCAUCAUGAACGUGACGGAUCAGCAAGAACUUAGCUUGCAAAAUGAAACCUCUGAGACCUAUCAAGACUUUCACAACUCUGUUAUCGAAUUUUUUGCAAGUGCAUUGAAUAAGAGUGAUUUUGGCUUUGGACAGACUAUAAUUUUUAAAGUGAGUGACCCCCUUUCUCUGUCAGCAAGAUCUGCAAUGCCUGCUGCUGAAAAGACUUUCAGUGUAUCAAUAGUAAAUAUGUUUGAUGAAAACACAACGCAGAAUGAAACUACUAUAUCUGGUGCAAUUAAAAAGGCAAUUAAGGAUAAGAAUAUUUCGAUGCACUAUACUAUACAAGAUGUGUGUGACUUUAACAACUGUAAACAACAGAAUGAUACAGACAAGUGCCAGAAUGGUUUCCAAUGCCAAUGUAAACCUGGAUACAUAAGGCCGAGCAAACUGAUUCCUUUUUGUGUUCUUUCUCCAGAGUGUUCUGAGCCCUGCAAUGCACAGGAAGGGAAGCAAUGCGUAAGGACUAAUGGAAAAUCGGAGUGUGUGUGCAUGCCAGGCUACCAGAAAAACAGCGACAAGUGUGAAGAGUGUCCUUUCGGCUAUAGUGGCACGGAUUGCAAAGACCAAUUCCAGCUGAUCCUCACCAUCGUGGGCACCAUUGCCGGAGCCCUUAUUCUCAUCUUGCUGAUUGCUCUUAUCGUCUCAGUGAGCUCAAAGAAGAAAAAGAAGAACGUGGAGGAACAGCAGUUGAUUGAGGACGAUUUUCGGAAUAUCCGACUGCAGCAAGGUGGCUUCAGCAACUCCGGCUUCAGCAACUCCGGCUUCAGCAACUUUGGAGGAGACAGCAGCAGCAUCUUCCCGAAAGUCAGGACAGGGGUCCCCAGUCAGACCCAAAAUCCCUAUGCAAACCAGCGAAGCAUGUCUCGCCCUGACUACUAGAGAAUGACAAAAAUAUGGAGCCCUCCCUAACCCAGCCCCCACAAGCUGUGAUCUUGAGUGUUCAAAGGACAAGAGAAGUGGGCAGAGACAAAGGCCUGACCUUCAGGCUUUUCUCCAUCCCAUCUUUCAACCCCUCAAAGUGUGGACCUGUGUGAAGAAUGCAGCUUGCUGAAGACACCUAUGACAUUAAAUGCACAUAGACACUAUGAGCCUUGUAUGUGUUGAUUUUCUCCAGUUAGUACAAAAUGCUAAGACGGUGAUUGGUGUAGCGCUUUUCUUUCCUUGUGGGCCAACAGCAUUUCCAAUCUAGAGCAUGACCCAUUCUCUGGGCAGUGCCGCUCCUGAGCUCUGGACUCUGGCCACCUGCGAACAACCUUGUGAUAGGGCCUCACUCCAAGAAGACAGGCAGGAAACAGAAGCAUCUCCCAGCUUUCUCAGGAGGACUAUGGGAAUCCAGGGACCUUCUGAUGAGAAAGUGAAAGCUUGGCCUACCUCUGUCCUCCAUGGGGACAUUCAAGUCAUUCAGAGGUUAGUUGGAAGAAGCAAGGAGGAAAACCAAGAGCAUAGGUGGUUGAAGGAGGCCAAGGAGGUCAUUCUGUUCCCUAGGUGUCCCUCCUCAGGCAGCAAAUGGGCACUUCUCAGGUGCUGCCCUCCCCAAGACGGAGAUCCUGGGAAAGCCUUUAACAGCAGGAGUCAGUGCAAAGUCCCCAUGACAGCACAGGCCUUCUGCCUGGAGCUUUGCCAAAGGGUCCCAGUGUGCACUCCAUGACACAGAUUCCAUGGGUACUUCACUGGUCCUCAGCCUGCUCCAUGAUGGAAGCUUAGCAGUGCCCACCAACACAUGAACAUGCACACACGUGUGUGUGCGCGCGCACACACACACACACACACACACACACACACACACAGGACAAAUACACCCAGCUGUCUUUUUAAAUGUUAAUUAUGCCCCUGUGUCUGUCUGAUGUCUGGUCCUCUCAAAAGGUAUUUUUAUUUGUUAUUAUUAUUUGUUUUUGACUGUUCAUUGUGAAAGGCAAUGAUGCAAUAAAAUAUCUUUGGUA